UUAACUGUAACUGUAAUCCGGCAUUCAUUCAGUUGACUGCAUUUUAUGGCUACCCAGUGUCAAAUUAGCCUUGACCAUUUAAUUUUAUUUAGAUUUUAUUAUUGUCAACGACUUUUUGACAAGUAUAAAGGCAUCAGGCUUCUAACUGAAGAUGGCAGCCAAAAAACAUUUUAACGUUGGAGAUUUAAUAUGGGCAAAGAUGAAGGGCUUUCCUUUUUGGCCAGGAAGGAUUGCGAAACCUCCUACAGAUGCAAGAUCUUCUGUUCCUAAAAAGGCACAACAUUAUGUAUUCUUUUUUGGAAGUGAAAAUUAUGCAUGGAUAAAUGAUAAAAAAAUUGUACUUCAUUCUGACGAAAUGUUACAUUUUGCUUUAACUAAGAAAAAAUCGAACAGAUUAAGAUUAGCAAUAAAGCAAAUGCUAAAUAUGUAGUCAAAGCAAAGGAAUCGCCUAAAAAAUCUCGUGAAGUAUCGACAAAUGUUAUUGAAAAGAAAAUUGCUCAAGAACAAAGAAUGAAAGAGAAAACUGAAAGCCCUAAAGUUCGAAAGAAAGUUUUACCCAAAAGAUGUGCUACUGAUGAAUUUCAAAAGAAAAAAAUAUUUCCUCCUCGGAAGUUAUCUAAAAGACCUACUGAAGACUUCUCUGAAUUAAUUAAAAAUACACCUCCUAAUCUAAACCAUAAUUGUAUUACUGAUAUCAGAUUAUUAAAUCAGCAGCAGCAUCAUCCUACUACUACUUGUACUUCUUCAAGAAUUGCCACACGUGAUAACUUUGAACUUCUGCCAUGUCCUACUCGUAAUUUACAUGAACCCAAUGAAGUCAUAAGAGCAAAAAAUGUUAGACCAUCAGAUAAGAAGAUAGGAUUUAUUGGUCUCGGAAAGAUGGGUCAAACUCUUGUUCAACAUCUUCUCAAUUCAAAUCACAUAGUCACGGUUUGGACUCAAAAUUUUAACGAAUGUAGAGGUUUUUGGAUUCAAUUUGGAGUUCAGCUUGCACUGACUCCAGGUGUUCUAGUUGAAAAAUGUGACAUAAUUUUCUGCUGUGUUUCUGAUCCUGAGGCCUCAAAAACCAUCGUUUUUGGAAAUAAUGGUGUGCUGUCAGGUUUUGAAAGAUCACCGUGUGGAUCAAAAGGUUAUGUUGAAAUGACAACAAUGGAUCCAACUACAUCAAUAGAAAUAGCAGAAGCCAUCACCCUUAAAGGUGGAAGAUAUCUUGAAGCUACAAUUAAUGGAACCAUGGAAAUGGCUGAAGAUGGAACUCUGUUAAUUUUGAGUGCAGGUGAUCAGGAACUUUUUAGAAAUUGUGAGAGUUACUUUUCUACCUUCUCAAGAAAUGCACAUUAUCUUAGCUGUGAAGUUGGCUAUGGUUCUAAAAUGAACCUUAUUCUCAGUAUGCUAAUUGGUGUAUCACAUGUUGCCUUGGCAGAAGCCAUGACUUUUGUUAAGCGUUGCAAUCUCGAUCCGAUCACCUUCUUGGAAAUCAUAGAACGUUCACCACUAAAUUCACCUCUUAUUGAUGAAAUAGGAUUGUCAGGUGUCUGUCCAAAUGAUACUUCUGAUGUUAAGCAUCAGCAAAAAGAUUUGCAAUUGGCUAUUUUAUUGGAUACUAAUGGUGAACAAAAAAUGUUUGUCACGGCAAUAGCAAAUGAAUUGUUCAAUCUGGCUAAAACUGACCGUAUCUGAUGUUCACUCGGAGGAUAAUUAUUAGAGUCAGUUUAUUGUUUCGCUAAGCUAUGCCUGAAGAGGCAAAUAGGCUUUUUAUACCAAUUCAUUGUAAAAUGUUUUAAAAUAUUUCAUAAUCCAUUAAAGCUAUCAUUCACACAA